GUUGUUAACCAAAUAUAUCGAAAUAUUAAAUUAAAGUUAUUUUAUAUUUAACAUGUUACAAAGUAUGUAAUGUUUAAACAGAUAAAUUAUUGUUUUAAUAUUAGUUUAUUAUACUUCAUGUACAUUAUACAUUCUGUUUAAAUAAUUUAUGAACGAAUAGGAAGUAUAAACUAUUUAAGCGGACCGAUAUAAACGAAGAUAACCUACUCGACAAUUGUCAAAAUCAUAUGAGAGACUGGGCGAAAACUUAUUCUCGACGUAUUAAAUACAUAGAAUGUUGUGGUAAAUUAAUAUUUUUUAGUGUUUUAAUAAUGUUUAUUUGAAUUAUUAAAAGAAGUACGUAUGAUACGAACUCAGUCGAUAAAUAGUAACAUAAUCACAAGCUCUUGCAAAUAUCAAAACGAAGCAGAUACAUAUUAUUGUAUAACGUAGUUUAUCUAUAUUCUUUACUUAUUUAUUUAAGUAGUUAAAAAUGGUAGAAAAAAGAUGUGCCGCCAAAAUGUGUUUUAAUAGUACACGGGAUGCACCUCAAAUACAGUUCUUCACAUUUCCUACAAAACAAGAAUAUGCUCGCAUUUGGGCAGAAGCAUGUGGUAUACCAGAAUUAAUACACAAAAAUAAAACUUCUCUUAAGAGAUAUGUACUCUGUGCGGAACAUUUUGAAGAUCAUUGGUUUAUGGAUCCUGAAUGUAAGACUGCAUUUAUUAAAACUAAAAUACCUAUACCUACAAUAUUUAAGAAUAAUCUGAAAGAAUGUAUAGCAAGGCAAACUAAUGCUUCAAUUGACACGAAUAUUUCUAAAAAAGAAAGCCCUAUAACAAAUUUAAAGGAUGACGUUAUAUAUAGUGCAGAAGAAACUAAACAGUUAAAUAAAAAUCUGUCAAUGAAAGAUAACAAAUCCUUAUAUUCUGUGGCACUGAUAAAUAAUAUUGUGAGUGAUGUCGAAAAUAGCACAAUAUCUAUAGUUACAGAAUCACAGAAUGAUCACACUCUGCAAGAAAAAGUAGAAGAAUUGUGUCGCCUUUGCGCAUUACCUACAUCAAGUAAUAUGCUUCGUUCUAUUUAUGAUGACAAUAUAGAUAAUAAAAUUAAUACAAUCUUACCACUUCAAUUAGAGGUACAUAAAUAUGAUGGUUUACCUCAAGAGAUUUGUCAUUUAUGUGUACAUAAAGUUACAUUAUGUUAUGAUCUUAUCCAACAAUUUCUCGAUGCAAAUUCUAAGUUAUUAAUGCAUAAAAACGAACAAGAGGAAGAUAAACAAACUGAAGACAAUUUACUUUCAGCUACACUAUCUGAAGGCUCGCUGUUUUCAGGAGCAGGGAUACGUGAUAAUGUUCAUUUAGAUCAUGAUGAUUAUCAAAAUUUAGAAAAAAGUUAUCAUGCAUAUACCGCAAUACACAAAAAUAAAUCCAAUAUUAAAGAUGAAAAAGAAAUUAGAAAUAAUUCUGCACAUUAUACAGAGCAUUCAUACAAUUUACCUCUGAAAAAUAUUCCUGAAAAAACAAAUAUGUUACAUCAAUUAGAUGAAAUAAAGAUUGAAAAUAAAACUAAAUAUUUAAAUAUUGAUAAUGCAUCAAAUGAUAUACAUCAUAAUAUUGUUAAGAGAAAGAUAGAUAAUAGAAUUAAGUAUAAUUGCAAAACUUGUAAUAAAAUGUAUAAUACCAAAUCUGAACUAUGUAGACAUAAUGAAACACAUAGAGAAGAGAACAAAUUUUAUUGUGCACAUUGUCCAAAAAGUUUUCGUGUCAAAUCAUUAUUAAAACAACACAUGUGUUCGCACUCUGGCAUUAGACCAUAUGUUUGUGAUAUAUGUGGGGCAAGUUAUAAUAGACGUGGAAAUAUGGGCCAACAUAGAAAAACACACUUCGUUAUUGAAAAUGGAGAGCCACGUUUAGUUAAAGAAGGUAUCAGAUGUAGUAUUUGUAGAAAAAAAGUAAAAUCUCUUCUUAUGUUAAAAUAUCAUCUUGCAAAACAUAGUGGUGAAAAGAAAGCGUAUGUAUGUACUGUCUGUGGAAAAUGUUUUAGUACAGGAAGUCAAUUAAAGGUACAUCAAUUUCUUCAUACUGGAGAAAGACCAUAUACUUGCUCUGUAUGUGGCAAAGGUUUUCGAACAGAAGCGAUUAUGAAACAGCAUUAUUUGGCUCUUCAUACAAAUGACUAUCCACAUGAAUGUCCAUUUUGUGACAGAAAAUUUAAGCGUCUACAAUCAUUAAUUGUACAUAAAAGGACUCAUACUGGAGAGCGACCUUAUCCCUGUCCAAUAUGUGGUCGUGCAUUUGCUCAAAAAGGAGAUAUGAUGAAACAUACGAAAAUUCAUAAUCCAAGUGGAGAUAAUAAACGUGUUAAAAAUGAGAAUAGGUAUCUUGAAAUGCACGUUGUUGAAGAUGAUAAAAUUCAAAUUGGUUCAGCAAUAUCAGAAGAAAUAACGAUAUUUGAGAUAGAAGAUGAUGGAAUGUCAAAUGAAUUUAAUCAAGCAAAUUUAAAUAAGUAGCAAUACUCUUGCUAAUGUAGUAUUCAUUAGAUUUGAUAAAUGAAUGUGUAUAUUAGAACAAAAAUGAAGAAUCGAAAUUAUAAUGACAUAUUCUUUCAUCUAUUUAUCAUCUAAUCUAAUUUCAUAUGAAAUUAAAAAAAAAUCUAAUUCAAUACAAUUAUUAAAAAUAUAUGAUAAUGUAAUAUUAAUUAUAUAUAAUAUAUCUCUUUCAUAUUAUCUUUCUUUUGUAUAAAAUAUUCAAUUGCAUAUUUUAGAUCUUUUUGCAAAUAACUUAAAAAACACGAUCAAAAUAGUCAAGUUCCUAUUUUAUAGAAAAUUUCAUUAUAUAAGAAUUUUUAAAUAUUUUCUAGUCUUUUCUCUCGAGUUUAGAUCAUUUCAAAAAAUUUGUUUAUUAUAAUUUACAUUAUUAUUUAUUUGUGUACAUUGGUACAGUAUUACAGUUUGUAUAAAAUUAUAUGAAUCUUUGGAGACAAACAAAAAAACAGAAUAAAAAUGUGCUUUUUAAUGACAAUCCAUUAAAAUCUUCGUAAUCAAUUCCACGGAUAUCAUAUGUCACACAGAUGAUUUAAAUAUAAAUAACAAAAUUCUAUUAUUGUCCCGAUCAAAAUCUAUGUACAAAAUGCACAGGUCUCGGGAUAUUGAAAGAUGGAUAUCACGGAAGUAUGGUAUGCUAAAAUAAUAGAAUACAGUAUGUGACAAAGAAUCAAGAUAUCUCUUUAAUACUAAUGAGAAUAAUAUAUGUUUUAAUAUUGAAUAUAGUAAUAUAAUGUAAAUUGUACAUCCUAAUAUAUAUUUAUAUGAUAAGGCUUAUGUCACAUGAAACGGCGAUUAUAUCUUUUAAAAAAGAAGUUACGUUUACUAAUUCUAAAACUGCUUGUAUAUAAGUAUGAUUGAAAUACAAUAUAUCAAUCUCUCGUUAAACUUACUCCUAAAUAUAAUUAAUUAUUGGUGGUAAAUACUAUUCAUAUAGUAUACUAGUUCUUUUUUCUUUUUAUAAAUUUAGAAUCGUUUACCUACGUAUGUAGUAGGAAAACUUUUGGAAUGACUCUUUUUUUUUAUAUUUGAUCGUAUCAUUCAUAAUUGAUUUUUCAAUUGAUUGAGUCAUUGUAACGGACGCAUAAGAAUACAUAUAUACAAUUCACAUAUAACAAAAAGUAAAGUAUAUAUUAUGAAACGAAAUAUCUUGAGUUCAUUCCUUUAUUAUAGUCAAUUUCUGAUAACAAAUAAAUUAACAUAAUGAUGUUCUCGAUUUUUUACAAGAGCAAAAAAUAUAAAAUUAAUUAAAAUUUACAGAAAUAGUAUCUGAAAAAUAAAAUGAAAAAGUAGGAGAAAAUAAAUUAAACGAAACGUUAAACUUCUAUUUGCAAAACUCAUUUAUUUUGCUCUACCAAUGCAGUCAGAAUUUCGAGAGAACAAAAUUUUAUUGAUUCGUCCUGUACAGUGUACAUCUCUUUGGAAUUUUUAAUAAUAUUCAAUAAAU